AUGGCUGACCUCCAGCCUCCCGAUAUCAUCCCCCCUGUAACUAUUUCUUCAGCUGACCCAGCACCACCCAUCUCCGCCCCUCCCGCCCCCUCCUCUUCUGCUCCUUCUCCUCCUCCUCCUCCACCACCUCCCCCGCCCCCUCCCAUCUCCCUGAUAUCCCUGCCACUAUCGCCCCCCCUCCAACUAGACCCUUCUCUCGCUGCCAAAACCUCCAAGACCCGACCUUUAACCAACCUCGUCAACGGCGCCGCCCCCCCUGCCCCCGCCCCCGACCGCACCUACCACCACGAUAACACCAACAGUUACGCCUUCGACUUCGGCACUAAAAGGACCAAGACCAAGAAGCCCCCCACCAAGCGGGUCAGGUCUAAUUGGGCUUCUGCUCCCAAAUUCGAAGCUGCCGCACCCAACGGAGGUUUAACGCUUCCCCAAAACGAAGACUGCGCGUUCAGAGAUGAGAAUCAAGAAAACGAUGAUUUUCCUGACUUCCAGCCUGAGGAGGGCUCCGACUCUCCCAUUAAAGACCACAGUCCUGUUCAUUCCCAGGAUAUCAAUCACAACACGGGGCUUCACUUUUGGGAUCGCAGGGCCGGGGUCAGAGCUCGACGGCUUUCGCGUUCAGACAGUCUUGACCCGGACCUCGACCGCCGCGACAACGACCUCAAUUUUGACCACCCUUUUAACGGAAUUCACAAUGACUUCAACUCUGGGGAUCACAAUAGCAGCUGUGGGGUGAGGGACUGGCUGAUUGGGUUGGGGCUGGGCAGAUACGCGCCGGUUUUCGAGAUUCAUGAGGUGGAUGAUGAGGUUUUGCCUAUGUUGACGCUGGAGGAUCUUAAGGACAUGGGCAUCAAUGCUGUGGGUUCCAGGAGGAAAAUGUUCUCUUCCAUUGUUAAGCUUAGAAAACGAUUUUCUUGA